AUGGAAGGGAACCCGAGGGCGGCGGUGCCCCCCCGUUCCUCCCUCCCGGCGAACUACGUCUCCCUGGCGCAGCUCCAGGAGAGGAGGAGGCUUAAUCAGGAGCAGCAGAGGAAGAGGGAAGAUCAGGAGGAAGAGGCGGUAAGGGAGGAGAUCCGGAGGCUAAAUGCGGCGGGAGAGGAGCGCCCGAAGGUCCGGCCGCCGUUGGGAAGGUGGCGGCAGAAGAGUCGAGAUGCGGCAGCGGCGAGCGGGGAAGCGGACGUGGAGCCGGAGUGCGGCGGGAGAAACCACGGGCGUCAGAGAUCGCGUCGGCGAGGUCCGUCAGAGCGCGCCGCCGCCCGGAAAUCUCCUAACGCAGAGGCCGGAGGAGAGGAGGCGGUAGAUCGCGUGGAUCGUCGGCGCAAUGAGAAGGCGAGAGGGAAGGAGAAGGAGAUCACGGCGAAGCCUGGACGAGCCCUAGAGUGCCAGCCGGAGAAGAACCUGGAGGAUGUGGAUCCGCCGCCGCCCUCCUACGGGACCGAUGAGGGAAACCCUAAGGCGAGGGUGAAGGCCGUCGUGUGCGCGGAUGGCGCGGAGAGGAAGAAGAAGAUCCCGGCGAAGACUGGACAAGCCCUAGAGCGGCAGCCGGAGAAGAAGCUGGAGAAUGUGGGUCCGCCGCCGCCCUCCAGCGGGAACAAAGAGGAAAAGCCCAAUGAUUCCCGCGGCGCUUUCAAAUCGAGGGCGUGGAAAGAGCGGCGGCCGGAGAAGAAGCUGGAGAAUGUGGAUCCGCCGCCGCCCUCCAGCGGGGACGAAGAGGAGAACCCAAAGGAUCCCCACGGCGAUUUCAAACCGAGGGUUUGGAGAGUGUGCCGGCGGGUGAAGAUCUCGCCGCCGAUGGUUGAGGCGGUCGUGGAUGUCGCGCAGAAGCUUGAGAAUGCGAUCAUCAGCGUGCCAGCGGAAGACUGCAGGAGCUCGAGGAGGCCGACGGGUGGGAGGAGAAGAGGGUCUCGUCACAUGUCUGGGAAUUUUCCCAGGGAUGGCAUGGUGUGGAUCAAGAAGACCGGGGGCUCAUAA